UAAAAAACGGGGUAAGCAAUGAGCCAUGGAAAUUACGCGAGCAAACAGUUUCUGAGUUUCUUCUAUUUUCUGUUCCCAGUUUGUUUCGGAUCUCUGUUCACGAACCCUAAAUCUGACGUUAAUUCACCAUGAUCUGAACACAACGUGGUUCCCAUCUGAUCCACUGCAUCGUCUUUCUCAAUUGUCGAAAGAUGAGUACAAGUGGUUAAUGAGAUUGAGGAACUUGCGUUGUUUGAGCGAAACAAAGCAGAGAUGUACCUGAAGGAGCCGCUAUGGAGUGAAACAGGGAAAGGCGAUGGAAGUGCAAAAACAGAGGAUUAUGGUGCAGUGAGUGAGGUCGUGAAGUCACUGCAGCAACAGAGAGUGUAUAGAGAAGUCACUCUCGCGCUCAGAACGGGACUCAGAGACGCGCGUGCAGAGUUCUCGUUUCUCCGUGUCCGUGCUCUCCGUUCCAUUCUCAAGUUCCUGCGUUCCGUUGCGGAGUCUGAUUCAACCAUUGACCUCUUUAACCAAAUCCAAUCCAUUCCCCAACUCCAAGUGGUUCCGGUUCUGUUUCAGCACUCGCUCAAAGAGAGUGGGGAUGAAUACAGCGAGAAUAGGGUAGGAGAUUUGAGUCAUAUAUUCGGGGUUGAACCGAUGAAGUUGACGAGUCCAUCCACCGAUGCUGAAGUUGCGCUUGCCCUUAGAGUCUUGGAAGGGUGUUGUUUGCUUCACCCUCAUAGUACGGCUCUCGCCCAUCAACACAACGCUAUUCAGGUUUUAAUGAAUAUAUUAUCCACUCGUGGAGUGCUUGAGCAAGGUGCAUGCUUAGAUGCUCUAAUCUCAUUGAUGGUGGAUUCAUCAUUCAAUCAAAUGGAUUUCGAGAAAUGUAGUGGUAUUAUGGAAGUUGCUGACCUUCUAAGAGACCAACAACUGGAUGAAGAUCUCAGGUUAAAAUGUGGAGAGUUUUUGCUGCUGCUCAUUGGACAUGUCAAUGGAAGAGAUACGCCUCCUUUAGCUACUAUACACGAAGAUACAAGGCGCCUUCUUGGGGAGAAAUCAGCCUCCUUGAUAUGGGCAGCCAGUCGUCAGUUCGAUUCAACACUAGAUACUGAGCAGAGGCUAACAGCUCUUCAGAUCCAGGCUCGCAGGGUCCUUGAAUCAUUGGACUUGUACUGAAUUUUAUGGUCCGUUUGGAAGGAAAAAAAUAGAGAGGAAAAAAAACAUGGAUCACGUUGUCUGAUGUGUUUCUUUUAUUUGAUUUGAUAGAAAAACUGAAAGAAAUACUAAAGGAAUAGUUGACUUCAUGAGACAAAAAUUUUAAUUUUUCUUUCUUUCUAUUUCCUCUUCAAUUUAAUUUCAAUUUUUUUUUC